CGUUUCUGCUCUCCGCUGCAUUUGUUGUAAUGGGGAUCAGAUGAGCCCAGGGCCGGAUCUACCGCGGUUGCAGGGGCGGGAUUGGAGCAUCGGCUCCACACUCUGCGCCCCCUGGGAUCCCCUACUGCGGGUUCCCGGGCAUUGGGGGGAUAGGGGAGCUACCACCCCGUCUACCCGCUGUCGGCAGCGCCAUGCGUGACUUGCCAGCCGAGCCUAUGCGACUGGAUCAACAGUUCGGUCUCUACUCGCGCGUGCUCUGUAAACCUAGAUAGUGGCGGCUAGGCGGGGAGCCUGUGGGCACAGCAGGGGCGCGAGGCCAGCUCGGUGGACCAGCGUGCAACUGAGUGGUGUCGGUGAGCUCCGAGGGGAGACUCUGUGAUUCACUUGCCCUGAUUGUUCAUUUGAUAUCAGUGAAGAAUUUAGGAUGGAAUGCGAGAUUAUUAGGACAGGGAGAUUUUUUGAAUUUUAAAUGCACUUGAGCGGUCGGCCUUGCUUGCUUCAUUUCAGUCCUGCUUAUGCCACUGGGUGAGUCUCAUGUGCAAUCCUUCAUAGAGCCCCUGAUGUGCUCGUUGUUGGGAAGAUGAGCUCACAUUGCUUUGGUAUUGUUUGAUACGAGCAGCCGAGAAAACGAUUUUUAAGGCAAUUGGGUACUGUCAGGAGAAGUGCAUUGAUUGCCUGGCAACUUUAGCUUGUUGAGAUGGCUACACAGUUGCCAUGCUUCACGCAGCUCAGUCCACCAUCUUCUAGUUGGGGAAACGAAGCUGGGAGCUGCAAGGCUACAUCUGGUAGGGCAUUUGUCAGAAGUAUUCGAGCUUUGGGUCACUGUCACUUCCGGUGCUGUGCAAGCCCCCGCAGUGCUAACUCUUUUCAGAAGAAAGACUCGUUCCUUGACCUCCAUCCGGAGGUGUCUCUGCUACGUAGUGAGAAGAAUGUUGAGGUUGUUGACCCAACGAAAGGCUCUUCUGAUGGAAUUCCGUUAGAAGGGCUUGGGGUGCUGCUGGACCGGAACGAUUAUAACGAGGCCAAGAUCAAGGUCGUUGGAGUCGGUGGCGGGGGUUCAAAUGCAGUCAAUAGGAUGAUUGAGAGCUCCAUGAAUGGUGUUGAGUUUUGGAUUGUGAACACUGAUGUGCAGGCGAUAAGAAUGUCCCCUGUGCUUCCCCACAAUAGGUUGCAGAUUGGGCAGGAGCUGACUAGAGGCUUGGGUACUGGGGGAAACCCUAAUAUUGGGAUGAAUGCGGCAAAGGAGAGCAGUGAGUCCAUACAGGAAGCACUUUAUGGUGCUGACAUGGUUUUUGUGACGGCUGGAAUGGGUGGAGGAACUGGAACUGGAGGCGCUCCUGUAAUUGCUGGAAUUUCCAGGUCCAUGGGUAUACUGACUGUUGGUAUCGUCACAACACCUUUCUCGUUUGAGGGGAGGAGGCGGGCCGUUCAGGCUCAGGAAGGAAUAGCAGCCUUGAGAACUAGUGUGGAUACCCUCAUUGUCAUCCCAAAUGACAAGCUGUUGUCUGCUGUUUCUCCAAAUACUCCUGUAACAGAAGCAUUUAACUUGGCUGAUGAUAUUCUUCAACAAGGCAUUCGUGGCAUCUCUGAUAUUAUUAUGGUUCCUGGAUUGGUUAAUGUUGAUUUUGCUGAUGUGCGUGCUAUCAUGCAAAAUGCAGGGUCAUCUUUGAUGGGUAUAGGGACUGCUACAGGAAAGUCAAGAGCAAGAGAUGCCGCUCUUAAUGCCAUUCAGUCGCCUCUGCUAGAUAUUGGAAUUGAAAGAGCUACAGGCAUCGUGUGGAAUAUCACUGGGGGAACUGACCUGACUUUGUUUGAGGUAAAUGCUGCUGCUGAAAUAAUCUACGACCUUGUUGAUCCAAAUGCUAAUCUGAUAUUUGGUGCUGUUAUAGAUCCAUUACUCAGUGGUCAAGUGAGCAUAACCUUGAUUGCUACUGGCUUCAAACGGCAGGAUGAACCUGAAGGUCGCGCCUCAAAGGGUGGCCAACAAAUGCAAGUUGACAAUGGCCGACGCCCGUCCUCCGCAGAAGGAAACAUGGUGGAGAUCCCUGAGUUCCUUCGAAGAAGAGGACCUUCUCGCUUCCCACGAGUUUGACUGUCCAGGCUCCUCCCUGCUCCUGUAUGAUACCUCUCUUAGGUCAGAAUCAGAUGGCUCCUGUAAGGCACCAAGCCUUUUAGGCUAGGUGUUGUCUCUAGUGUUUUUUCUUUCUAGUUUUGUUUGCUCCUUUCUGUGCAAUAUUUUUUUCAAAUGUUACUGUCAAUAAUGUGUAGCUGCUCUGAGCUUGCUAGUGCUAUAGCCUAUAGAGAAUGUGGUUUCCUUUCCGACUUGCUGUUGGUUAGCCCUGUGACCUUGUCAGCACGUUUGCUGAAGAUACCUGUUUGGCUUGUUAA